AUGGCCAAGGAAAGACGAACGAAACCAUGCGUCAAUUGCAAAAAGUCAAAAGUGAAAUGUGUGUACGAAGGAACUUUGCCAUGCGAACGAUGUAUCAAGACCGGCCAAGAAUCAAAAUGCCAAUUUUUCACGAAGUUACCCUCGAUAAGGUAUCAAGACUUGAAUCGAGCGGCAGACACCCUCGAGACUCAAAAGAGCCCGGCUUCGCUUGCAAAUCCGUUGCCUCCAAUAACAGCAGCAUUUGCACCGUCGCAAUUUGUUCCAUUUGGAACUGCUAGUGCCACGGCCAAUAGCACCAACAGCAGUGCCGUCCCUAGCGCUGCUGCUGCUGGGCCAGCCACGGCGUUGGUUAAUCGAAACUUGCCUCAGAUUGUCAUGCCCGGGGCCGGACCUGACCCCCGCGACAUUGACCAAAUACGACCGCGAGCGAUGCCCAUUUCUAUGCCUAUGUCCAUGUCUAUGCCCAUGCCCAUGCCGCCUCAUCGAGCGACGACUGUUGCCACUGGCGACGUUGGCGAUAACCUGGUUUGGGCCACGCGAAUGGAGGACCGGAUGAAUGCGUUUGAGACCAAGAUGGAUAGCAUGUUGGAUUUUUUGAAAUCUAACGUUGCGGGAGGAAGUGUGGAUUCCAGUGGUGCUGCUGGUCCACUACCACAACCACAACAAUCACUGAUGCAGCAAAAAAAUUCCAUCUUGCCAAUCAUAAAUGGUCACUUGCCAGAGUCUGGCUAUUCGAAAAGCGAGUCUCCCGUAUUGAUUGGGUCAUCGCGAUGGCGGUCGAAUUCUACCUCACCCGAGGCAGCAUCGCCUGUACAGAGCGGAAUCUUCCAUCCAAAACGACCGCUUUCUCUUGAAGAUAAAGAGUUUAGUACACCGAAGAAACAGCGAACAGAGGUAGUGUCGAAAUAUCCAGAUGAUUUCCGAGACGGGUACUUGUCGAAAAAGGAAGCCAAGAGCCUCUUUAAAUUCUUUGACACUUAUAUAUCGCAACAGCUUUUCGGGUUUGAAAUUUCGAGAUUUCGCGUGAGUGAAAUCUGGAAUACUUGCCCCGUUUUGGUAUGUGCUAUUUGCACCAUUGCCUCGAUCCAUCACCCGCUGCUUUCAAACAAGUCGAAGCAGCUCCAGGUUUAUCUUCGAGACUUGUGCUCGACGUUGUUUUACCAGAAUAAGCCAAAGAACAAAUCGGAGGCGUUCAACACAAUUGUCGCUUUGGUGCUUUGUAGUUUCUGGCUAACCGAGUCUCAGAUGUUUACCGGAUUGGCGAUCCAGAUUGCCAAAGAGUACGGGCUCAACAAGUCUGCUCGCGGAAACAGUAACCGAGAAGAGUUGAAGUUGUGGUACUUGUUGUAUGUGCUAGAUGGCCAGCAAAGCUUGGCUUUCCAUAGGGACCGUUUGGUCAAUGGCCAAGAGUAUGUCUUGAAACAUAGCAAAGAGUUGCUCAUGUCAGAGAACCCCUCAGUGGUGACGGGCACUCCGCAGGAGGUGGAACCCCAGCUGCUGAAGGAUACAUCCAGUGACUUCCUAUCUAACCCUGACUCACUGGACGAGAGACAACAGCAGCAACAACAGGCUGUAUCUAAACAGCAUCUCACUGACUUGAGUUUGGUAUCACAAGUCGAGUAUCAUCAAGCGUUGAGUGAAGCAUUCAGAGGCGACGCUUGGGACUUGUUGAUGCCCUCAUCAUUCGGCAUACCUUCCAAAAGCAAUCUCGAGUUGGAUAAAUGGAUGGUUUCGUGGACGGUAGUAUUUGCUCCAAACAAUUAUGGCAAACCGUGGUCUUCUAAAAGCACCCUUAUCUAUUAUAAUUUUGCCAAGAUGCACAUUAAUUCCUCGGCUGUUCGAGAACUAGCUUUCAACCCCGAUAAAGGUGACUCCUUCCCCACCAUUGACCGCAUUGAUGGCGUAACAGAUGCUAAUCCUCCAAAGGCCAAUGUACAGGCUGGAAAAACAGUUGCAAAGAAAAAAAGCAAAAAAGAGGAACAAGAAGGAGGAGGAGGAAACCACGGUGAGUUUAGAUCUGACUCUGAUAGUUCCGAUGAUGAAGAUGACGAAGAUGAGUUUGUAUCAAACGAGGCCAUUCUUUCAUCGGACUCCCGGGUACUUGACGCCGAUGUAGCUCUCAGCGCGGCACAUACCGUGAUUACUUUGGUCAACAGCGACAAGGACAUUUUGGACAAUUUGCGCUAUGUCCCCGUCCACAUCCACAUCAUGCUUUAUUAUGCUGCUUUGCUAUUGAUGAACCCACCAGCACGGUCCAGCAACACCUCCAUUGAAUACACCCUCGAGUUUUAUUACUACAAGCUAUUGGAUAACUUGAAAACCGUCAACACGUUGAGAAAACGAAUCUACAAUAACCUCCCCAUUGAUUCGAAUUUCGGCACUAGGCUCACGAAAAGAUUGGAGGACUUGGAACAGGAGAAACUUUACGAGAUCAAGCGAUUUGUCGCUGGUAUGAAAAUCGGCGACCUGAAAAGCUCGAUGGAGAGCAAGAUCAACAUGUUUACUGGUAUGGGCGACAACAUCGAGGAGUUGUUCGAGUCGAACGAUAGUGGUGGUGAUAGUAGCCGUGCCUCGACUCCACUAGCGCCAGAGAAGAUAAGUGCCUGGCCCGGCUCUCAUCAUGGUCAUCCCUAA